AUGGCGAUCCCCGAGCAAGUUCCCGGGCAGGAAUAUGAUUAUGAAGCCCUUCCUUCGAAUUACGGCCUCGGCCGGAAUAUGCUGGCCGGCGCGUUCGCUGGUAUCGCGGAACACGCCGUGAUGUAUCCCGUGGAUUUAUUGAAGACUCGCAUGCAAGUCUUGCACCCCACGACCGGAGGCCUCUACACGGGGAUUACGAACGCGGUAUCCACAAUAUACCGGAUCGAAGGCUGGCGGACACUAUGGAAAGGGGUUUCGAGUGUGAUUGUUGGCGCUGGCCCGGCCCAUGCAGUGUACUUUGGUACAUAUGAAGUUGUCAAGGAACUUGCAGGUGGGAAUGUCGACGAGGGUCACCAUCCGAUAGCUGCAGCUCUGAGUGGUUCCGCCGCGACGAUUGCCAGCGAUGCAUUGAUGAACCCCUUUGACGAGGGACUUCAGGCGUUCUACGUGUCGUAUCCUACGACGCUUUGCAUGACCGUUCCCUUCACCGCUACUCAAUUUGUCGCAUACGAAUCCAUUUCAAAAGUAAUAAACCCCUCCCAGGACUACGAUCCCUUCACCCAUUGCAUUUCAGGCGGUCUGGCAGGAGCCGUCGCCGCCGGCAUCACUACACCUCUGGACGUGGUGAAGACCCUUCUUCAAACCCGGGGUUUGGCGCAGAACGAGGAAAUCCGGUCAGCUAAGGGGCUGUUCAACGCGGCCGCCAUCAUCAAACGCCAGUUUGGCUGGAGUGGUUUCCUCCGUGGCGCUCGCCCCCGCAUUAUUUCCACAAUGCCCAGUACCGCCAUUUGCUGGACGUCUUACGAAAUGGCCAAGGCGUACUUUAAGCGCCAGGUGGACUAA